AUGCCGUACGUCAUGUCAGUGGACACAGACUAUAUCUCCCUCAAGGAGCCCGCCUGGUCCGAACAAUCCGAAGACGUACAUACAAACAAGGCCGUCCCCGACCAAAAGGUUUGGCCAUUGGGUGAGGUUAAGAAGGAGAAGCAGAAGGAAAUACUAGUCGGCAACGAGAAGUCCAAGGUGAUUCAGAAGGUGAACAAUAGAAAGGAUCUAAGGAAAAGGGAAAAACAGUUGACGCAGGGCGUGCAGGUUACUACGAUAGUCAGCAAGGCUGUUGACACUGCUAAGGGGGUAAGCGCUGUAAUGUAG